CACAUGUGAAGUGUAACUGAAUGUGUCAGGGAAUGACAGAUUAAGCCACAAAACCCACUAGCUGCAAGAGGAACAUUGAGAAAAGGAGCUAUAUCUCAGAGUGACCUCAGCUCCCCCACUCACCGCAUCCUCUUAGUCCUGGUUAUCAAAUCCGCUCAGUGUCAUCGUUGUCCACAAGACAGAAGUAAAGGAUGGAAAAAAGAAGAUGGGAUGAGGAGGUUAGUGUCUGGUGAAGUAAAGAGAGCGAGAGGAAGACACUCAGAGAGGAUGGCCGAUAGAAACGGAGCAAUGAUCAUGGCUUUUCUGCUCUGUGUCAUUGCAGAAAGGAGAGCAGCAGAAGGCUUCACUCUGGACGUGUGUGCCUCCUGCCACGCUAACGCCACAUGUGACGAUAAGUCAGACGGCUCUGGCAAAGUUUGUAACUGCAAUUACGGGUUUGUUGGAAAUGGGAGAACCUUCUGUCAAGAUAAAGAUGAGUGUCAGAUAGGAGCCAGUAAGAUCUGUGGGCAACACACCACUUGCCAGAACACACAUGGCAGCUACUACUGUACCUGCCUGGCUGGAUACAGCCCUUCAAACAACAUGGCCAUCUUCAUCCCAAAUGAUGGAACCCACUGCCAGGACAUUGAUGAGUGCAUGGCCACAGGCCUGUGUGGAGAGGGAGGUCAGUGCAGGAAUCUUGAGGGCAGUUUUGACUGCAGUUGCCGGCUGGGACAUCGAGUCCACAAUGGAGCGGAGCCCUUCCAUCCUCACAGAGACAAAGCUUCCUGCAAAGAGGUUGACUGUGGCUCGCCCCCUGCCCUACCUCACUCUCACAUGCUGUGGAAUAAGAGGUCAAGAAUGGGCACCGAGGUGCUUUACCAGUGUAACUCUGGAUAUCAUAAUGUUGGAAAGGGCAAUGUUUCCAUCUGUACCGCUGCUGGACAGUGGGAGAGGCCGUCCGUGCUCUGUCAAGAGACCUUGUGUGGAAGUCCCCCUAUAAUUGAAUCCACUGAGCAGGUGUGGGACAGUAAUUCAACUCCUGGCAGCACUGUGCUCUAUGUUUGUAAAGAUGGCUUUUAUAACCAAGGAGGAGAUAACGUAUCAAUCUGUAAUGAAAACGCUCAGUGGACCCCCCCAACUCUGUUGUGCCAAGAGAUGUUAUGUGGGGACCCUCCUAUACUGCCCUAUACUGGGCAGGUGUGGAAUGGCAGCUCCACCCCUGGAAGCACUGUGAUCUAUUACUGUAAAAUCGGAUUUUAUCACAAUGAAGGAAAUAACAUAUCAUUGUGCACAGUUGGUGGUUACUGGACAAAACCAAACAUCUCAUGCAAAGAGGUUCACUGUGGUGUGCCCCAACCCAUCCCACAUUCAAUCAUGCUGUGGGAUAAAAUCUCUACUGUGGGCUCUCAGGUUGUUUAUCAGUGUAACUCUGGAUAUCGCAGUGUUGGAGAGGGAAAUGUUUCAGUUUGUACUGCCAGUGGAGAAUGGGAUGAAGCCUCCCUGCUCUGUCAAGAAAUCAAUUGUCAAGAGCCUGUUUUUAAACCUCAUGCUAAAACGCUUUGGGACGGCACAUCACACAUUGGCAGUGUGGUGUUUUACCAAUGUGAGGAAGGCUAUAAGACCAGGAGCCUACUAAACUACUCAGUAUGUGGAGAGAAUGGACUGUGGGAGGAUAUUGAUCUAUGGUGUGAAGAAGUAAGCUGUGGCCCCCCACUAACCCUCCCUGAUACUAACCUCCUGUGGGAUCGCACCAGUAGACCGGGCAGUGUGGUGCUGUAUGAGUGCAUGGAUGGAUUUUACCAGGAGAGUGGAAAUAAUAUUUCAACAUGUUUACUAUCAGGACAGUGGAGGGAAGUAUCUGUAAAGUGCAAAGCCAAAUGUGGUCCGGUUCCCUUCCUUACCAAAUCCGAGGUGGUGUGGCAUAACAGGAGCGUUGUGAUCCACCGCUGUGUGGAUGGAUAUCACAGCUGGAGAGGCAGCAACAUCUCUGUGUGCCGCAGCUCUGGGGCGUGGCAGUUAGCUACAAUGAGAUGCAUAGGAAUUAAGCCAGCUGUCAAUCACUUAUUUGUCCUUAAUGAAAAAUGUCUGCACUGGAGAGCAGAGAAGUAUGAGGAGGAUACAGAAGUAUAUAAGGUGACAUACAUAGGAUCCAGAGACUACCAGAGAUCCUUUCAUGACAGAAGGAAGUGGUUUCUGAGCUCUAAGGCUGACCAUCUGGAACUCUGUCUGAACCUGCUUCCAGUCACAAACUACAGCAUCUCCAUCACUGCAAUGUCUUCCAGAUUCACAGCCACCAUCAACACUACCACCAGUUUACCAGUGCCUCCAGCUCCAAUUGUCCACUACAGAGAAUUUGAGACUCCUUUACCAACGUUGAGGCUACGCAGAUCACCGAACACACUGGACCCAAUAAGUUUGUACCAGGUGUUUGUGCUUCCUGUAGAGGGGAUUAUGAUGUUUGACUGUUCCUCUCCUGCGAGCUCAGACCCCUCAGGCAAAAAAAAGUCCCCCACAGAGUACAUCACUGCCCAGAUAGAUGUCAGACAUGUCGGCACAGAGAUGAACUUUACUGUGGGAGAUGGACUCUACUAUGGAGGCUUCUUUAAUGCACCAUUGGAGAAUGGCAGGAACUAUUACAUCACCUUACGAUCCAUCAGUCAGUGGAAAUCGGCUUUAAAAUGUUCCUGUGUCCUGUGGGCUAAAGUAAGAGGUACAUCCUAUGUUCUGAGGGUCUCCUCUCUGUCUGCUGCUGCAACAAUAGGACUGGUUGCCUUCGUCCUUUUGGUUGGAGACAGUUUCACCUGGUGUAGAAGAUGGUUUUUCAAGAGGACAUGACACUGCUGAUGUUCUGUCAGUUUAUUUGUCAGUAUGACAAAUGAAAUACAGUCUUGACUCCCUAUCAGUACAUUUUGUUUCGUACAUUUUGUAAAUAAUUAUAAAAACUUUGGUUUUCACUUCA